AUGGCACAUUCAGUUUAUGGUUCAUAUCACUAUGUUGGUUGUUAUACACAAGUAUUUUAUAGUAGUUAUUUCAUAAGUUCGUAUAUGGAACCAACAUUAUGUUUUCUUUUAUGUGAAACACCAAUUAUUUAUAUACAAGACAAAAUUUGUCGAUGUUCAGGCAGUAGUCUUAUGGAUCAUAAUCGACAGAGAAAUGAACACUGUACAAUACGAUGUAGAAAGCCAGGUGAUCAUCAAGCUAGAACAGCUAGUACAUGUGGAGGUCGAGAAACAUAUUCAGCGUAUGCUGAAGCAAAAUUUUAUACUCAACAUGCUCAUUUAUUUAACUAUCGAAUUGAAUUUACAUCAUGUGAAUUAUGGAAUACUUCUGGUUAUUAUGAUACAUUACAAGUUAAAAUUGAUAAAUCAUCUGUUAAAUCUCCAUUGAAUAAAUUGGAACAAUGUGCAGCUGCAUGUCUUGAUCAAAAUGCCACGACAAAAUCAAUAGGUACAAGAAAUAUAUAG